AUGGGUGAAGAAGCUAAACAGGAAGAACUGGAAAUAGAGAAGGUAGAGAAGACAGAGGAGAAGAAAGAACCAAAACCACCUUCCCCUUUUGUUUUGCAUAUAGACUUGCAUUGUGUAGGAUGUGCCAAGAAGAUUGAGAGGUCCAUUUCAAAGAUUAGAGGGGUUGAAAGAGUGAUGAUAGAUAUGGCACAAAACCAAGUGAUAAUAAUUGGUGUGAUAGAACCACAACAAGUUUGUGCCAGGAUUAUGAAUAAGACAAAGAGAGUUGCCAAAGUAUUGUCACCCCUGCCAGCAGAUGAGGGUCAACCUAUUCCUGAAGUUGUUGCAUCACAGAUUAGUGGGUUGACUACUGUUGAGCUCAGUGUCAACAUGCAUUGUGAGGCGUGCGCCCAGCAACUUAAAAGAAAGAUUUUAAAAGUGAGAGGGGUGAUAACAGCGGAAACAGAUGUGAGCUUAGGGAAAGUAAUAGUAACAGGAAACAUGGAUGCCAACAAUCUCGUUGACUAUGUCUACAGACGAACCAAAAAGCAGGCCAAAAUUGUCCCUCAACCUGAUCAUGAACCCAAGCCUGAAGAGGCGGCCAAAUUACCAGAAGAUGAUGAAAAAGCUAAACCAGAAGAGGAAGAAGUUAAAGAAGGAGAAGAAGAAAUGAUCAUCCCAUCGGGAGAUGAACAAAUCAUCAAUAAAAUGAUGUAUUACUACCAGCCACUUUAUGUCAUUGAAAGAAUCCCACCACCUCAGCUCUUCUCCGAUGAAAACCCUAAUGCAUGUUGCAUUACGUAA